UCUUUGGCCAUCUCUAUUAGGCUGUGUAGACGUUAGCAGCUGGCCGUACUCGUGCCGUAUAUUAAGCCGAGAAAUUUCGUCAUUUGAAUUUAGAUUGCAAGCGAACAAACUACGACGAUGUCAAUAAAGCUCAAAGCGAACCUCAACAAUCCGCCGAUAAGUGGUUUGGCGACGGCGCACCUUAUCAAUGGCACCGUGCCCGUGGAGAUUGUGUGGAGCAAGGAGGAGACCUCACUGCAGUUCCCGGAUAAUCGAGUUCUGGUGUGCCACUCCAACAACGAUGUACUUCGCGCCUUGGCCCGCGCUGCUCCCGACUAUAAACUGUACGGAGAGACGGCCAUCGAACGGACACAGAUAGAUCACUGGCUGUCCUUUUCGCUGACCUGUGAGGAUGACAUCUCGUGGGCCCUGUCCUUCCUGGACAAAUCCAUUGCCCCGGUUACUUAUCUGGUGGCCAACAAGCUGACCAUCGCUGAUUUUGCGUUGUUCAACGAGAUGCAUUUACGUUAUGAGUUCCUUGCCGCUAAAGGCAUCCCGCAGCACGUGCAGCGUUGGUAUGACCUCAUCACUGCCCAGCCCUUGAUCCAAAAGGUGCUUCAGAGUCUGCCAGAGGGAGCGAGGGUCAAGAGAAGCCCGCAGGCCUCCAAAGAGCAGACACCCGCCAAAACGGGAGAGCGCAAACAGGAAGGAAAGUUCGUGGACCUUCCAGGUGCCGAGAUGGGCAAGGUCGUGGUGCGAUUCCCGCCAGAGGCGUCGGGCUAUCUGCAUAUCGGUCAUGCUAAGGCGGCGCUGCUGAAUCAAUACUAUGCACUGGCGUUCCAGGGAACGCUGAUCAUGAGAUUUGAUGACACGAAUCCCGCCAAGGAAACCGUUGAGUUCGAAAACGUCAUUCUCGGCGAUCUUGAACAGCUGCAGAUCAAGCCUGACGUGUUUACGCACACCUCUAACUAUUUCGACCUGAUGCUAGAUUACUGUGUCCAGCUGAUCAAGGAGAGCAAAGCCUACGUGGACGACACGCCACCAGAGCAAAUGAAGCUGGAGCGCGAGCAACGAGUGGAGUCCGCUAAUCGAUCUAACUCCGUUGAGAAGAAUCUUUCCCUGUGGGAGGAGAUGCUUAAGGGAUCUGAGAAGGGUCAGAAGUACUGUGUACGCGCCAAGAUCGACAUGACCUCUGCCAACGGCUGCAUGCGCGAUCCCACUAUCUAUCGCUGUAAGAACGAGCCACAUCCUCGCACAGGAACCAAAUACAAGGUGUAUCCCACCUACGACUUUGCUUGCCCCAUUGUGGAUGCUAUCGAGAAUGUCACCCACACCCUGCGCACCACUGAGUACCACGAUCGAGAUGACCAGUUCUACUGGUUUAUUGAUGCCCUCAAGCUAAGGAAACCCUACAUCUGGGAAUAUAGUCGAUUGAACAUGACCAACACAGUGUUGUCCAAGAGGAAGCUUACCUGGUUUGUGGACUCCGGUCUGGUUGACGGAUGGGAUGAUCCUCGUUUCCCAACAGUGCGUGGUAUCAUCCGUCGGGGUAUGACUGUGGAAGGUUUGAAGGAAUUCAUCAUUGCCCAGGGCAGCAGCAAAUCCGUGGUCUUCAUGAACUGGGAUAAGAUCUGGGCGUUUAACAAGAAGGUUAUCGAUCCGAUUGCUCCUCGUUACACGGCUUUAGAGAAAGAGAAACGCAUCAUUGUAAAUGUGGCUGGAGCUAAGGUCGAAAAGAUCCAGGUUUCCGUGCAUCCAAAGGAUGAGUCGCUUGGCAAGAAGACCGUCUCGUUGGGUCCCCGCAUUUACAUCGACUACGUUGAUGCUGAAGCUUUGAAGGAGGGUGAAAAUGCCACAUUUAUCAACUGGGGCAACAUCUUGAUCAAGAAGGUAAACAAGGAUGCAUCCGGUACUAUCAUUUCCGUCGAUGCUGCUCUUAACCUGGAUAACAAGGACUUCAAGAAAACCCUUAAACUCACCUGGUUGGCUGUGGAAGAUGAUGCUAGUGCCUAUCCACCCACUUUCUGCGUUUACUUCGAUAACAUCAUCAGCAAACCUGUUUUGGGCAAGGACGAGGACUUUAAGCAGUUUAUUGGUCACAAGACCCGAGACGAAGUGGCCAUGUUGGGUGAUCCUGAACUGAAGAAGUGUAAAAAGGGCGAUAUCAUCCAGUUGCAAAGACGUGGCUUCUUCAAGGUGGACAACGCUUAUGCUCCUCCCAGUGGCUUCACAAGUGUACCCUCACCCAUAGUUUUGUUCUCAAUUCCCGAUGGUCAUACGAAGGAUGUGCCCACCUCUGGUCUGAAAAUCAAUGCCCCAGAUGCCAAGACAACGAAAAAGGCAUCCUCUCCUGUGAAAUCUUCCGGCCAAGCUUCCGACUUGGACAGUCAAAUAACCAAGCAGGGCGAUCUUGUGCGUGACCUGAAAUCGAAGAAAGCAGCUAAGGAUCAAAUCGAUGUUGCGGUGAAAAAGCUUCUUGCCCUAAAAGCUGAUUACAAAACAGCUACAGGAAACGAUUGGAAACCAGGACAAACUACUGCUCCUGCUGCUUCUCCACCUGCUGCCGCUUCUUCCUCCUCCAACGACGCCGCGUCUGUUAACGCCAGCAUUGUGAAGCAGGGUGAUUUGGUUAGAGAUCUGAAGGGUAAGAAGGCUGGCAAACCAGAGAUUGACGCUGCUGUAAAGACGCUGCUCGAACUGAAAGCUCAGUACAAGACUCUCACCGGUCAAGAUUGGAAACCAGGCACUGUUCCUCCCACUGCCGCUCCAGCUGCAUCACCUGCUCCAGCUGCCGCUGCCAACGAUUCGGUCGCGCAGAUUCUAAACCAAAUCACUGCCCAAGGCGAUAAGGUGCGAGAGCUGAAGGCAGCUAAAGCCGAUAAGGCAACUGUUGAUGCUGCAGUGAAGACGUUGCUCAGUUUAAAGGCUGACUUCAAAGCUGCGACCGGUAGUGACUGGAAACCAGGUACCACCGCCCCAGCCCCAGCAGCAGCUGCAGUAAAGGUCAAACAGGAGAAGAAUCCCGAACCCGCUUCAAACCUUGCCGUAAACACAUUGUUGGAUAAGAUCGCCCAGCAGGGUGAUAAAAUCCGCCAACUGAAGUCGGCUAAAUCGGAAAAAUCCCUGGUGGAUGCCGAGGUAAAGCUUUUGCUGGCUCUGAAAACGGACUACAAAUCUCUAACCGGCCAAGAGUGGAAACCAGGUACUGUGGCUCCCACUCCCGCAACCGUCGCCGUUGUAGAUCUCACUGCUGGAGAUACAGGUAGCGACGUUGCCAGUGUCUUGGGCAAAAUUCAGGAGCAAGGUGAUAAGAUCAGAAAGCUGAAGUCGGAGAAGGCAGCCAAGAACGUUAUUGAACCUGAGGUUAAGAAUCUUCUUGCCCUUAAAGCUGAAUAUAAGACGCUGAGUGGUAAGGACUGGACCCCUGACGCUAAAGUUGAACCCGCUGUAGUUAAAAAAGAAGCCAGUCCGGUUAACAUGGCAUCGCCAGCUAAGGAUGAACUUACCCAGGAGAUCAAUGCCCAGGGAGAGAAGGUACGUGCGGCAAAGUCCAACAAAGCAGCCAAGGAUGUUAUCGAUGCUGAAGUGGCCAAGUUGUUGGCUCUCAAGGCUAAGUACAAGGAGGUUACAGGCACCGAUUUCCCUGUAGCUGGACGAGGAGGCGGCGGUGGUGGUGGAUCGGCCAAGAAAGCACCAAAGGAGACUCAACCAAAGCCAGCCAAGCCUGUGAAAAAGGAGCCAGCGGCCGACGCUUCCGGCGCUGUGAAAAAACAAACCCGUCUGGGACUGGAGGCCACUAAGGAGGACAAUCUACCGGACUGGUACUCACAGGUAAUCACCAAGGGUGAAAUGAUCGAAUAUUAUGACGUGUCCGGAUGCUACAUCCUCCGCCACUGGUCCUUUGCCAUUUGGAAAGCCAUCAAGAACUGGUUCGAUGCUGAGAUUACGCGCAUGGGUGUCAAGGAGUGUUACUUCCCCAUCUUUGUUUCGAAGGCGGUGCUGGAAAAGGAAAAGACGCAUAUUGCGGACUUUGCUCCGGAAGUAGCAUGGGUAACGAAGUCGGGUGACUCCGAUUUGGCCGAGCCAAUCGCUGUGCGCCCUACCUCCGAGACCGUCAUGUAUCCCGCUUACGCCAAGUGGGUUCAGUCCUACAGGGAUCUUCCAAUCCGUCUUAAUCAGUGGAACAACGUUGUGCGCUGGGAAUUUAAGCAGCCAACUCCUUUCCUACGUACCCGCGAGUUCUUGUGGCAGGAGGGACACACUGCGUUUGCCGGAAAAGAGGAAGCCGACAAGGAAGUGCUGGAAAUCCUCGACCUGUACGCCCUGGUCUACACCCACCUGCUGGCUAUUCCCGUUGUGAAGGGUCGUAAGACAGAGAAGGAGAAGUUCGCGGGCGGUGAUUACACUACCACCGUGGAGGCAUUCAUCUCAGCUUCCGGUCGAGCUAUUCAGGGAGCAACCAGUCACCAUUUGGGGCAGAACUUCUCCAAGAUGUUCGAGAUUGUGUACGAGGACCCUGAAACUCAGCAGAAGAAGUACGCUUACCAGAACUCUUGGGGCAUAACUACCCGCACCAUUGGCGUGAUGAUUAUGGUGCAUGCGGACAACCAAGGUCUGGUGCUGCCACCACAUGUUGCCUGCAUUCAGGCUAUUGUGGUGCCCUGCGGUAUCACUGUGAACACCAAGGAUGACGAGCGUGCGCAGCUGUUGGACGCGUGCAAGGAACUUGAAAAGCGACUUGUUGGCGGUGGAGUGCGAUGCGAAGGUGACUACCGAGAUAAUUAUUCGCCCGGAUGGAAGUUCAACCACUGGGAACUGAAGGGAGUGCCGCUGCGCUUGGAGGUUGGUCCUAAGGACCUGAAGGCUAAGCAGCUAGUGGCCGUGCGCCGUGACACAGGUGAGAAGAUCACCAUCCCACUGGCCGAUGUGGAGAAGAAGAUUCCCGCACUGCUGGAGACAAUCCAUGAGACCAUGCUUAGCAAGGCACAAGAGGAUAUGACAAGUCACACUAAGAAGGUUAGCAACUGGAACGACUUCUGCGGUUUCCUUGAGCAGAAGAACAUACUGCUGGCUCCAUUCUGCGGCGAGAUCAGCUGCGAAGACAAGAUCAAGGCGGAUAGUGCCCGCGGCGAAGAGGCCGAGCCUGGAGCUCCUGCCAUGGGCGCCAAGUCGCUAUGCAUCCCCUUCGACCAGCCAGCUCCCAUCGCGGCCAGCGACAAGUGCAUCAACCCCAGCUGCACAAACAAGCCCAAGUUCUACACGCUCUUCGGUCGUAGCUACUAAAUGAAAGGGAGCUGGAUGGAAGCCAGGCUUCGUUGUUUCUCCAAAUCAUAAUCUUAACAGGCAAAAUAAAUCGAUUGGAUGGAAUCGAUUGACCUAUAUGUACUCUGAUUUUCAACCACCUUAAUAUUCUUUUAAAUUGAUUAAAUGCUAAAAGUUUAAA